UUUGUUUCUACAGUCAACUUUAAAUCAAGGCUGUCACUGCUGUCUGUUAUAUUAAUAUAUUAUAUUUUAAUAAAAUCAACUACUUUUCGUUUUAAAUAUCUGUGAAAAUGUGCGAAGUACAGAAUAUGCUCAAUGGCCUAUGCCAAAUGUUUAGCGAUGCCAAGGAGCGACGAAACCUGGGGAUGAUCCAGAUCCUAGAGAAGGUUCGCUGCUGCGAGUGUGGCCAUAGGAAGCGUUUGCAAAAGGUCCGGGAGAACCAGGCUAUGUUGUGCGGGGUAACUGCUACAUCUCCAUCUACAACCAGAAUCCUGAUCUUUGUUUGCUUCGUCCUAAUGAUCCUGUUUUGCGCAUACUUCAUCUUUAUGGCCCGACGGUAUAACCAUGUGCGUGCCUAUGGAAGCAAUGCCUGCGGAUCGUCCUUCUUCUACAGCUACAGCGAUUGUGAUGUGAUUUGUUAGAGGAUAAUGAAUAUCCAUGAUGAUUAAUAUAUGUAUUUGUUAUAUUUUUUAAUGUGCUUAUUACUCACUUCACUGAAGUAUAAAUUAAAUCAAUAAC